AUGCCAAAGUCUAAAAAGCCCUGGAUUCUAACUCGUGUCUACGACACAAUCGAGGAAGCCGGGCUAUUACUUGGAGUUGUUCCAGGCCACAAUACAGCCCUUCGAAAACCGCCCAUAUCUCUACUUGAAAAGGAUUCCUAUUCAGAAAAAUUUAAUAGACGAAAACGCCGAUUAAAGGAGAUUCGAACUGGUUUUAAGCGAUUUCUUGCUUUUCUUUUCUCCCAAAUCGGUUUAUCCAUUCUUGUAAUUGGGUACACAAUCUUCGGUGGUAUGCUAUUUCGGGCUGUUGAGUUUGAGCAUGAGCAGCAAAUGAAGAUCGCUGGAAAAGCUUUAAGGCUGCAGCUUGCAGAUGAAUUUUCCAAUUCUAUCCUGCGUGAAUUAAGGUAUUAUAUUUCACCCCAGGACUCUCUGAGCGGAAAGUACUAUGAGCCUUUGGUGGUAGUGAAGGAAAAUGAGGAUCCCAAUAAACACUCAAGAGUACUGAAGUCAAAUGAAAGUAUAGGAAAUCGUCCGAAACGUCGAGCAGGUGGCCUGAAAGACAACAAUUAUUCUAGGACAAAAUGCUUAAAGGAUAUCGCUGAGUUGCUCCAAUACAAAACUCGACAAGAGUUACACAUCAUACUACGGAAACUUGUGAACAAGAUGAAAGAUACCGGAUGGAAUGGUGAAGACUCUAUGGAGGACUGCAAAUGGAGCUUGGAAGGGGCCAUACUUUUCGCCGUAACUGUUAUCACGACUAUUGGAUACGGCCAUGCAGUGCCCAAAACAAACAUUGGCCAGUUUCUCACAAUCAUCUACGCCCUGAUUGGCAUUCCACUUGUAUUCCUCUAUUUAACCAAUAUUGGCGACUACCUUGCUUCCCUUUUUCGAAUUCUCUACGCCAAGAUCUGUCGUCGAUGUUGUGAAGGAAGUUGUUUGAAAAACAUGGAUUCUCGAAGAAGGAGGAGUAUAUUCGAUGCUCUGAAAGCGCGGUCAACUGAUAUUGACCUCCCACAGCGUCGGGAUUACCUUUUGGACGAGUCUUUCCAUCGAAAUAAUGUAAACAUCAUUCGGAGAAUAGGUACUCUUGGUGUGAGCAAAGAUGGACCAAGAAUUUCAAAGAAGGAGGACGUGUUACCGAAUUUUACUGGAGUGAAUGUGUUUUGCAAUAGGCAUGCAUUGGAAACUGAUGAUAAUGAGAUUGUGAGUACACCUUCGACAGAAAGUCAUCGUAUGCGUUUUAAAGUCUCACCGAAUUCAUCGCGAUCAUUUUGGCUCAAUAAUAUUUCGGCUUUAAAGCCGGAAAGCGUCAAAGAAAAAUACAAUUCAAAACUAACAGUGCCUCUUGAUUCACGGAAACCCUCAAGAAUAAUAUCCUCAGCACAAUUUCCACUUACAUCUAACCCUAUCACGCCGUCUUCAAACUCUCACUGUGCGAUAGAAAUUAGGAAUGAAUCAGUCGAUUCUCCCAAAAAUUGUCCGAAAGUAUUUAACCUCUGCGUAUCACAUGUUGAUAACACACCAAAGCAUAAUUCUGGAACCCAGACCAUCUUACAAGCAGGACCAAAUGACUUCCUAGACUAUCACAGCCUAUGCAAAUCCUUCGUAACCGGUCACUACUUGCGAUCCUAUCGGCGAGAGAUAAAACACCAGAGAAAGCGAAUGCGGAAAAGGCUCCAAACACUUUCUCAGGUACCUAGUUGUGAACCGAAAAUUUGUUACGAGACACCAGAGACUGGAGGAAAUGAGGAAAUUUCAGAAACCGACAGAAAGAAAACCUCCAAUUCAGAUUUCUCAGAUAAUGUGAUCACCUGUUCUUCACUGCAGGAUUUAAAGACUACAAGUGGGCUUAGGAGUUCCCUUAGUGCUACAAAAUCAAUUACUCCUAACCUAGAUGCUAAAUUAGGGCAUGAUCAGAUGAUUUCAGGACUCGAGCUCAACACAAAUUCCUCAGUCUCUCUUCCUGCUAGAGUAGCCCAAAGAAAAUCAAAGAUGGUGCCUCCUCAAAGUGGAAGGCGAAGAGAUAUGCCAGUGCCCUUUUAUCAAAAAUCGCGUCUUUCUAUGCUCUCUUCGUUGGAUGAUUCUGCAAGUGAUCUAGCUGUUCGAUUGAGCUACUACUCAGAUGACGUGAUUAGUGAGGCCAACACUGAAAUAAAUCAAGAUCAUGGAGAGGAUGACUGGGAUGGAGAGGAUAUCUCCAAGGUGACUGUCCCAAUUAGUCUUUCAAUUAUGAUAGUUGCUACUUAUAUUCUCAUUGGAGCUUGCGUUUUCUGCAUUUGGGAGGAUAACAACUACUUGAAAUGGUCAUACUUCUGCUUCGUAACCCUUUCGACAAUUGGAUUUGGUGAUAUCGUACCAGGUGAGCAGAAGUAUAAAGAAAAUUCUUUGCUCAUUCCGUAUAAAGGGCAAGAAAUUGCCAUUCCUGAAUUCGAUGUUUGCUUUUGUUUUUUAGGUACCAAGGUUGAUUCAACCAAUCCCAAAGAGAAACUUAUCAUAAUUACAAUGUACGUUGCCGUAGGACUCUCGGUGUUCGCCAUGUGCAUCAAGUUGAUGCAAGAAGAAGUUGUCUCCAAAUUUAAGUGGUUUGCUCGCUACAUCCGUGAAAUCAAAAAGAAAGUUCGUAAACAUCUGCUAGAACAGCCUUCACGUCUUGAAACCACUUCGGUUCAUGGGGAAGAGGAAGGAGAUUUAGAAGGCGAAGGAUACGACGAUUAUUUGGUGGAGAUGAUGGAGAAAAAUCGUCUGAACAGUAAUGUUGAACAGCUGCCUUCUUAG